ACAAUUCAACACCGCAGCGAAAAGCUGAUGCACACGUUGUCCGACACACAACCAGAGAAAGAGAAGAGGGUCUCUCUCUCUCUCCUCUGCAUUCUACAGUAGAGAUUAUAAAUCAGCAUUAAUUAAAUAAUGUGCUGUGUAGUGAAUUGCCACAUCCAUGGGCGGGAAUAACGGCAUCUCCAUUUGAAAAAAAUGGGUCUUUUGUGGGUUGGCUUCACGUUCACACGCUUCUCUCUUUUUCCUACUAUUUUGAACGAAUGAAUAAAAAAAAGAUGAAGUGUCUCUAAAGUGGUAGUGAGACAAAGCAUUGUGUUGCUAGAGGAGGAGAUGGACCGGCGGAGUUGGCUGUGGAGGAGAAAGUCUUCUGAGAAGAGCCCUGGUGAAACUGAAAGCUCCGGAUCAAUUUCUUCUCAUUCUGAACGAUUCUCUGAUGAUCAGGUGUAUCCAAAUCAAAAUUCUCCAUCACCAGAAGUCACAUCUAAAGCUGCACCUGUUGAUGAAGAAGUUAAUGACAGUGUGAAGUCUCUAACAGAAAAGCUAUCUGCUGCUCUUUUGAACAUUAGUGCCAAGGAAGACUUGGUGAAGCAGCAUGCCAAAGUUGCAGAAGAAGCUGUUUCAGGGUGGGAAAAGGCUGAAAAUGAAGUAUUCUCUUUAAAGCAACAACUUGAAGCUGCGGCUCAGAAGAACUCAGCACUUGAAGAUCGAGUUGGCCAUCUUGAUGGAGCGCUCAAGGAGUGCUUAAGGCAGCUUAGGCAAGCAAGGGAAGAACAAGAGCAGAAGAUCCAUGAAGCUGUUGUCAAGAGAACCCAUGAAUGGGAUUCCACAAAAUCUGCGCUUGAGAGCCAGAUUGUAGAGAUCCAGGCCCAACUUCAAACUGCUAAAGCUGAAACUGUUGCCACUGUUGAUCCUGGUCUUGAGCUAAAACUUGGGGCUGCAGAAAAAGAGAAUGCAGCCCUCAAGCUUCAGCUCCUUUCUCGAGAGGAAGAGUUAGAAAUUAGGACUAUAGAGCAAGAACUGAGCACCCAAGCAGCUGAAACAGCCAGCAAACAAAAUUUGGAGAGCAUAAAGAAGGUGGCUAAACUUGAAGCUGAGUGCCGCAGGCUAAAAGCCAUGGCCCGUAAAGCAUCCUCUGCUAAUGAUCACAAAUCUAUCACUGCCUCCUCGGUUUGUGUUGAAUCUUUGACAGAUAGCCAGUCAGAUAGUGGAGAAAGACUACUGGCAUUAGAAAUUGAUACCCGUAAGAUGACUGGCUUGGACACCAAUGAAUGUGAGCCUAGCCGGUCUGAUUCAUGGGCAACUGGGCUAAUCCAAGAACUUGAUCGGUUUAAGAAUGAGAAGCCUCUUGUAAAAAACCUCAUGGCCCCUUCAGUAGAAAUUGAUCUCAUGGACGAUUUCCUUGAAAUGGAGAGACUUGCGGCACUUCCAGAGACAGAAAAUAGAAGCCGCUGCCUUGAGUCAGGAGCUAUAUCUGAUAAACACAUUGGUGGUAGCGAAAGCCCAUUAAAAGCUCAACUUGAAGCCAUGAUUGAUAGGACAGCUGAACUGGAGGAGAAAUUAGAAAAGAUGGAAGCAGAGAAAAUGGAAUUAGAUAUGGCUUUAUCUGAGUGCCAAAAUCAGCUUGAAACAUCACAGGGUCGGCUAAAGGAAGUAGAGGAGAAGUUAGUGGAGCUGCAAACUCAGUUAGCUUUGGCAAGUGAAUCAAAGAGAAAUGCAGAGGAAGAAAUACAGACUACCAAUGCUAAGAGAGAGGUGGCAGAGUCUCGCCUCAUAGUUGUUGAAGCUGAGAUCAAAACCAUGCUUUCAAAAGUCCUGUCGUUAGAAGAAGAAGUUGAAAAGGAGCGGGCUUUGUCAGCAGAAGCUGCAUCCAAGUGUCGGAAAUUUGAGGAUGAGCUUUCCAGGAUGAAACGUGAAACUGAGCUUCGGAAUUUGGCAAGUUCAAAUGGUGAAUUGAAGAUAAAGCAGGAGAAGGAGCUAGCAGUGGCUGCCAGUAAGCUUGCAGAGUGCCAGAAAACCAUUGCAUCCCUGGGCCGACAGUUGAAAUCCCUAGCAACGCUGGAAGACCUCCUGCUCGACUCAGAGAAGCCACUGCAGCCCAUGAGUGAAGGACUACACCAUCCUAAAGAUGGUGUGGAACAAUGGACACUGCAUCCUGGUAAUUCGUACAUUCCAAAGAAGGAUUUGGAAUCCUCAAAAACAGAACCUGAUCAUUCAGCUUCUAUAAAGAAGAGCAAAGAUGAGGCAUCAACAUUACCACUAAACCCAGUGGUGACGACCUCUGAAAAGAGUAGAAAUGGGUUUGGGAAGUUUUUCCCUCGAAGUAAGAAUGCGAUUCGAGCUGAAAAGUAGUAGCGAGAAAAAGGAAUAGAUAAGGAAAAAUGGAACUGAAAAUAGGGGGAGGGACUUGCAGGUCUGUUUGUUCUCUGCUGGAGAACUGGGGAUCAAGUGUUUGUGAACUGAAACAUUGUAUUUAGUUUUACAUAAAUAUUCCUCUCUCUGGAAAUGGUGAAAGAAGAUAUAGUCAUAUAUUGAUUUCAAAACACUUUCCCUC